AUGUCCUCAAAAUCAACCUCUUACGUUUGCGAUACCCUGCCAGCCGCACGACUGGCACCAAAGGGCGACGAGAUGCCCUCCACAAGUUCUCCUACUCAUGACCAUACCAAUUCACCAAAUCUGCAUGCAACCAAGGCCAUUAUGGAUUUCGACGUCGGGGACGGCUUGGACGACGAGGAGGUCACCCCGUCCCCCAGUCCGAAGCCCGAUGAAACAGAGUCCGGGACUCCACCACCUCAGCAACCACCGCGAAAGCUUUGCGCUCGCCACCAGCGGAUGGCGGACGAGGGGACAAAUGCGAAGCUUCAGUCUUCGCUAGAUAAGCUGUCGGUAGAGGAGCGAGAGCAAGUGAACGCUAUCUGGUCCAACUUCUCGUCGUCGUCACAUCCGCGACGAGCUCUCAUUCUGCAAGGGCUUCUUACGAUGUGCUGCUUCUCGCAGCUAUCACUUCUCACCGAACAACUAGAACAUUUGAUUCGUAUCGACCCGUUCUCUGUGCUGCCUCGCGAGGUCGGCCUACGCAUCCUCGGUCACCUUGAUGCAACGUCGCUAUGCCGCGCAGCUCAGGUCAGCAAAAGAUGGAAAUCGCUGGCUGACGAUAACAUCCUCUGGAGAGGAAUAUGCGAGCAACACAUUGGCCAGAAGUGUCGACACUGCGGGUGGGGGCUGCCGAUUUUGGAGAAGAAGAGAAAAUAUCACCGUAUGCUCUCUGAUUCGCCCUGUCCGUCGUCUUCCUCGUCUUCCUCGAAGUCAAAAGAAGUCGCCACUAUCGAUUGCCCUGUCGAACGACCGCCCAAGCGUUCUAGGUUUGGAUUCGAGCACUCUCAUGAUCCAGAACCUUCAUCUUCCGCCGCUAAUCAGACAUCCGCCUCUAAUUCGCUCCUCAUCUCCUACCAAGCGCCGCCCAUCCCGUCUGUAUUACGUCCCUGGAAAGAUGUCUACAGCGAACGGUUAGCUAUCGAACGUAAUUGGCGCAGGGGACGAUAUACCCUCCGAACUCUCAAAGGUCACACUGACGGUGUCAUGUGUCUUCAAUUCAGCGAAACACUCACCCAUCCCAAUUUUCCUAUCCUCAUCACCGGAUCCUACGACCGCACUGCUCGAGUGUGGAACCUCGAGACCGGUGCUGAACUUCAUUGUCUCAGAGGCCAUACACGCGCCGUCAGAGCUCUUCAGUUCGAUGAGGUCAAGUUGAUAACGGGAAGCAUGGACCAUACAAUACGCGUGUGGGAUUGGCGGCGCGGCAAAUGUAUCCGAACAUUAACCGGUCAUACGGAAGGUGUCGUAUGCUUGAACUUCGACGCCAACGUUUUGGCCAGCGGGAGCGUCGACUCUACUAUCAAGGUGUGGAACCUACGAACGGGAGGGGGGUUCACGCUGCGAGGGCAUCGAGACUGGGUUAAUUCUGUCCUACUUUGGGACUCGAAAGCUGGCGCACCUUCGAUGCCAUCGUCAUCUGCAGCGGACAUCUCCUCCCCCUCUACCUCAAGUGGUAGUGCUGCCGGUCCGGAGAUCGACCCAGGGAAAAUGCUUUUCUCUGCUUCAGAUGAUGGAACAAUCAAGCUUUGGGAUCUCAACACCCGAAGUUGUGUGCGGCAGUUUACCGGUCAUGUAGGACAAGUACAGAGCGUGAAAUUGUUGUUUCUUGAUGAUGAAUGCACCGAGGGAGAUUCUUCACCGUCUUCUGACCCUGUCCGACCUGAAGAUAUAUCUAGCCCCUCCACGCCGAAGCCAGCCACAGCGCUUCUCGCCCCCCAAACUUCGCUUACCCGUCAUCCCACUGCUUAUUCAUCCCAUUUGGACGAUGAUUCAUCUUUCUCCGGGCUGGAGGCUGUUCCCAGCGACGGUCUUACGAAGCAACGGAACCCUAUCCUCGUGUCCGGUAGCUUGGACAACACGAUCAAGAUUUGGGACAUCGAGGCGAACGAAGCCCUGCAGACUUUCUUCGGUCACAUCGAGGGAGUGUGGGCAGUGGCUUGCGACAAGCUGAGGUUAGUCAGCGGCAGUCAUGAUCGUACUAUCAAGGUAUGGUCACGCGAGGAGAACAGGUGUACGGCAACCCUGGUAGGCCAUUGUGGAGCCGUCACUUGCCUCAGUCUUGGUGAAGACAAGAUUGUCUCUGGCAGUGAUGAUGGCGAUAUCAGAGUAUGGAGCUUUGGCCCAUGA